ACAAACAGAUUCUCAAAAUCUAUGUCGCUGUGCCUGGCUAAGAGUUCGCCACAACUCUCAAACCUACACCAGUCACAUAAAACAUCGCUCCUAAGAACAAAUCUUUACUCUCGCCAUUUGCAAAAUUUGAAUCCAUUUAAACAUUCUCUAGCGCUUUAGGCUUCUUUAAACUUCACAAUGUCUUGUUCGUUCGCUGUAUCACCUUCACUUAGAAGAGAAUUCGUAAAUCCAGUAUCUCAUAGGUUCUUUGCACCUGCGAGAAUAUAUCAGCCCAGAAGCAAAUGCGAAAUAAGCAGGAGGGGUUUUGCCUUUAAAGGAAUUGUAGCUUCUGGGGUUUCGAUCAUAGGAUCUUCUUUGGUUACCGAACCCGGUCAAGGGUUGGAGAGAUUACCAUACAAGCCAGAGGGUUACAAUUAUUGGACAUGGAAGGGUCACAAAAUACAUUACGUGGUUCAAGGAGAAGGAUUUCCAAUUGUUCUUAUUCAUGGAUUUGGUGCUUCUGCAUUUCAUUGGAG